CUUCCGCGCCGAAAGUUUCUUUCAGCAAUAUCUCAGUAAAAGCGGAUGGCUGUAAGCCCUCAACUUUUUCAGAGAGACAGAGCAGCGGAAGGAUGUCCUGCUAGGUGCUCUAUGUCCGAUCAGACGUGGAGAGACGGAUCCACGAAUAGGAGCAGGAACAGGAAUAUCCUGAGUCAGUGCCACGACGCUGACACACCACCGCACUCCCCCGGCAAGCAGGCAGGGCCGCCUCUGCUCCAUUAAUAAGCAUCCUAUGCUCUUCUGCUCAAGAUGGCGGUGCAGGCAACGGAAAAGGACGGAAUAAACGUGGAGGAUGACCAUCUGAACGACUCGCUGGACAACCCCGGCCUCAUCUCACCUGACAAGGAGGACAUUUCCCGUCUGCUGACGGUGCCAUUCAGUGGACGCAUCCGGGGCGGCAUGCGACCAGGAAAGAAAAUCAUAGUGAUGGGCAUUGUCGAGCUGGAGCCAGACAGCUUUGACGUGAGCCUGACCUGCGGCCGGGACUCGGAGGAGGAGACCCCGCAUGACGUGGCGCUGAAACUGACCGCCCGCUUCACCGACCGCCAGUUCCUGCGCAGCGCACGGAUCUCUGGGAAGUGGACAGAGGAGGAGGCGUCCACCGCCUACUUUCCCUUCAUCCCCGAUCAGCCUUUUAGGGUAAAGAUCAGUUUUUGUAUUCACAAGGGCUCUGAUACCAAACACUAA